CUCAAAGUGGCGCCACGGAGAGUGGGACCUCCGAUGUGCGUAGGGUGUCAGGUUAGAUCCAAAUAAGGUCUAAGUCUAACUUUUCUUAUUAUCAAGGGAGCGUACUAAGGUCACUUCCGCGAUGACUAAACAACGUGACGAGUCAUGCAUUCUUCGCAUAGCUUUUCCAUUUCUAGUGUUUUAAGAGCACCGAACGUAUUCAACGCCUUUUCGGAAUGGCUGCUUGGUGUAAUCAGAUCUGACCUAAUCAGUUUUGAAGGCUAGAUGCCAUGAGUGAUUACAAUUGAUAUUUGGAUGGACAAUAUACUAUAUGUUUCACGGCGCGGUUAAAUCAGGCACUCGUCAAUCUUGGGGCAUAAUAUGGAGUUAUUGGUAUAAUCUGAGUUUGCCUGACUUUUGAUUUAGAGAAUACCCAUUUGUCUUACAUAGAAGUCGAGAUACUUACGACUGAAGGAAUGGGGACCGCUUGGUAUCUGACGUAAAAUCAGGAGAAAAAAAAUAAUGUUCACCAGUUUGGUGACCUCCAAAGCUUGAGUGUCUCUGGAAACUACAAAUACUUAACAAAUUAACAUUCUUGAGAAAAGUCCGACUAGAAAUGUGUUUUAAAUGGACCUAAAUCAUAUAGAAGCCCAAAACUAAAAAUCAAUAGGAAUUGCCAACAGGCGGGAGAAUGGCAAUUCCUUUGAUUUUAUUGUUUUUAGAGAGCUUGAUUUCACCAUGACGCCUGACUUAUUCGAGUUGUCCUAUCAUGUUGCACAUCUUUCAGAAGUCGUCUUUUCUUUAGCUUUUGCUCUUAUUCGAAUCUUUGUCAAUUGUGUUUAUUUCUGAUACAUGUAUCAUCAUUUUUGGAAGCUUCUUUUUUGUGCGUUGAGUCUUUGCCGAUCAUUUCUUAUUUUUUGUGUGCAGGCCUACCAUUCUAGAUACAGUUAUCAGUUCUCCUUUACUUUCUUCUUUCCAGAAAAUGGAUCUAUCUUGACAUUUAUAAUUUCUCCGAAAUGUUGCUCGCCGAUAAUAGGCACAAUCUUGAUCAGCUCUGUUAGCUCGUAUAAAGGUCUGUACUUCCUUUUCACGGUAUAUGUAACAGAGGCAGAGACAAUUUUAAUGUGACAGUAUUCACUUGCUCUUCGUAGCUAUGCUUUCAUAUUAAGCAUAAACGUCUUUUCUCUGUCAGUGGCAUAUUCGGGAGUUGCUUCUUUACACACUGACAGAUGUCUUGAAAACUGUCUUUGCUACAUCAAGUCACGACUGUGUUAUUUGUUUUUGUGUGUCGUUUGGUACAAGUUCAAAUUGUCAGUCCGUGCGUUUACUUCAGUUUUCUUGGCAUACUUCCUUGGCAUUGUAUUGGUGAAGUCAGUCAAUAUGAGGACAAACUGACAUUAUUUGCUUUUAUGAGUUACAAAGACCAUUACAUCAGAAAUGAUCUAUAAGCUCUAUCAAAACCGUAAGAUUAUUUAGAGUCGUAAUCAAGAUAUUCAAAAAAUAGCAUUCGAAAAAGCUUGACAUGAUAUUGUAAAACUCGCAUUUUUCACGUUAAAUUUCUCAAAACUAGGUACUGGGCAGAUAGAACUUUUGUAAUUCUAAGGUCUAAGGUAACCGUUUUUGAGACUUCGAACCUGUUGGUAGCCAGGCUACGGAGAAAAAGGCUGUGUGACUGAACACGCAGACAAACGUAGACAAAACACUUGUGCGAAGUGGGUUAAGAAGUCAGUUUUCCCCACUGGUUUACGUUUGUCUUCAAUAGGCACAUUUGCCGAUUAGUAUUUUGGAAUGUAACGUUCCAGGUGUUUGUUUUAUUUUAUUUUUUGGGAACUUCCGAGCAGAGAAGUACUACGACUUGGAGAACCAUGAACACCGAUGUGUGUCUCAUAGUCGGCGCUUAAUAAAGAAGACCAGGAAGGGUCAGUGUGAUAUAUUUAUGGUCAUUGAAUUGAACGAACUCAUUCACGGUUUAUUUAAUUCUUUGGAUUGGACAUAAUGGCAGAGAAAACGGAAUUCACCUCACUCCUGACUGCCACCAGACACGAUAGAGUGACAAACAUUUCGGAGGAGUCUUCCUCCUCCUCGUGUGAGGAAAAUAGUGUCCUUUAUUCUAUCAACUCUUGUGUGGAGAGAUGCGUGACCAGUGAAGAGGAAGAAGAGAAAGAAGAAGACGAUGAAGACGAUUGGGACUUUGUGGAUGAGAGAGAUGUGGCGUACCUCACGUUCUCCUCGGAGUCUGCCGGGAGCAGGAUAAGAAGGGUUAAGUGGUCAUCGAUGUGUCCGCUCUGGUUCUGUGGACUGGGCAGGUCUUGCUUUUGCCGAGGACGCAGUGGCCCGAGGUGGCGUCGUUGCAGUUGUAAAUGUAUUGAAAAGAAAGGCGUCCAGUUUCUCCGCCGGGCGCGGGACGGCAUGCUGGAUCGUCUGCUGGUGGUGCAGGGGGCGCUGUGUGCCCUCUGUGUGCUGCUGGCGUCCUUCACCUUCUUCCCGCUAGGUGCCGUCACGGCGGACUUCGAGAACAACUGUCUGCUGUAUGCCAAGCUCAAGAUCAUCCACCUAAGCAAAGAAAAUGACACGAUCAUGCUGGACAUCCAGCGGACAGUGUUUGGCGACAUGGACGAUUGUGAAUACACAACAUACAUCAAUGUCGCUGUGGCCAUUUCCUCUACCAUCUUCAUCUGGUUCUUCGUUCAUAACAGAGCUGUCAAAGGGCAGUUUAAGUCACAGGUGAAGCUCCUGGUUCCUUUUUUCCUCUUCAACUUCGCCUUCUUCAUCUGUGUGCUGGUGUCCAGCAGUCGCAUCGCAGCAGGCAACAGCUCCUGGUGCAGCUUUCUAGAAGACAACAACAAGUACCUGAGGAAGAGGGUUCCUUGUAAAGAAUAUCAAAACCACCCGUGGAUACCAAGCACAGUGUCAAACUUCUACACCUAUUCUAAAAUGGGAGAGAUAUCCUCGUGGCUUCUCACCGUUGCUUUGGCAGUCCAGUGCUGUAUUACCGCGCUACAUAUUUACAGAGAUGCUAAGUCACAUUUGGGCCUAGUAGAGACUUCUGAGAAACAGCCUGGGGAUGAUUCUUUAGGAUACGUGGAAGAGGGCCAGGGUAUUGUGAACAAAGGAGCCGAAGGAAUUUCUCAGGAGGAUUUGCUGGAGGAAGGUGAAGAUGCUGAGAAGACGGACAGUGCUGAACAGUCUCAGCCCGACGGCGAAUCGUUGAUAGCCGUGGACGUGCACACAGAUUCCGCGACGGAGGAGAGUUUCAGGACGUGAAAGAUUGCUCAAGGAGAAACCUUAGUUGUGAUGAAAUUUCAGGCGAAAAAGAACAAGGAACGAAAGGCAUUUGAGUAUUGAAUUGAGUGUUGAAUUGAGGGUUGAAUUGAGUAUCGAAUUGAGUGUUGAAUUGAGUGUUGAAUGAAAUGUGAAUGGAUGGUUGUAAAUAAAUGAUUUUCACCCCCCUUCGACACAAGUAGAUCAAUUCAGGAGAUGGGCUGCUUCGACCCUGCCUGUCUGGGGCACCUGAGCUAAGUGGGAUACAAUAUCCUGGCAGGCAGACGGAGAUACCCAAUGAAUUAAUUCCCCUACUCGUGGAUCAAACUUAUAUCUACUUUAUGUAUCGGUGAAAAUCCUGACCAUUAUACUGCAGACACCGUUGUAAAUGGGUGUCUGUUGUCGUGAGUAGAGUGGACAAUUAAAUAUUAACGCCUACGAAUCUUUCAAAUCAUUAUGAAGGCAUGCUAAUGUGUGCAUGGAUAAUUAUUCUGUGUUCCUCGUGGAAAUUGGAGAAGAGAAAAAUAUAAGGAAUGCAUUUUCGGCAACGUCAAAUGCUACCUUGGAGUGUAAGUUUCAAUUUGCAAUCUUUUUGUGGAAUAAAAUCGAUUAGAAUGUUGGUAUCGAGUGUCCGUUCGCUUCAGCUUUUGCUAAAAUCUGAAUCUUAUUUGUUGCAAGCAACUUAUUCAGUUGUGUAUGCGGGGUAGUACUU